CUUUCUCUCACCUUCAUUCUGAAUGUUUGCAUUAGUAUCCAUUUCUCCUGAAGCUGCUUUAUUCCUUUUACUUAUGGUUGUAUAAUUAUAGCUGCUUGAUCUUGCCAAAAUCCUCCCACAAGAUGACCCUGAUGACGGAGGCAGUAUGACCUCUGAAACAUUGGUUAACAUCGACCAGACUACACAGCGCAACAACCCAGAAGACGGAAAUCUUCAUACUCACCGCUGUGAAAACCUCAAAUCUUACAUCUUGUGGAAGGAUUUUGGCAACUUCCAGCCGAAAGAUGUACACAAACAAGUUGCUAUUACAUUUCGGACACCACGCUACAAGUCAUUAGAAGUGGAGGCUCCAGUUGCGGUGAACAUUCGGCUGUUUCACCCGUCAGACAAAGCAACAAGUGAACCUCUGCCCUUUGAUUAUCUCCCCCUUGAUUCAGGUAGGCCUGCAUUUUCGGCUCUUGGAAUAAAGGGCAACUACUCGAUGUUUCCGAGUAUCUUGGCUUCCAACACGGCCCUGCUCACUGGUGGGCGCCCAAGAAAUGUUGCAGAUAUAACAUCAUCCUCUUCGGUUCGCAUGAUCAGGCCAGAGCAGCCAAUUUCAGAAGCUUCUGAUGUAGUCGAGUUAACAAAGCCAGUUGAACAUAAGAUAGUUGUUCCUCCACCUAGUAUAGAUGGAGCCUCAACUUCUGGUGUGGCACAGGGUUUGGGAAGCAAGCCAGCCACAAUAGAGAAUGAAAUAUGCAAUAUUAAAGGCAAUACUACUACUAAUAAUAAUGUAAUGAUGACAGCUAUAACGGAUAUGAAAGAUACAAGAUCAAGCAGCUAUAAUUAUACAACCAUAAGUAAAAGGAAUAAAGCAGCUUCAGGAGAAAUGGAUACUAAUGCAAACAUUCAGAAUGAAGGUGAGAGAAAGAAUGACAUAUUGGCCUCCAGUGAUGAUGAUGUAAUUUUUCAGGGAGAGACUUCUUAA